GGCUGUUUGACGACAACCGCCAUUAAAAAUGAAAGAAGAAGAAGAAGAAGAAGAAGAAGCAGAAGUGCGGGAUGUUCAAACAUGUCGGCGGAUUGUUUUGGUGGUUGUGUUGAUGGUUACGGCAGAAUACCGAGGAGAUAAUAAAGUCCGGUUCAUCCAGCUACACUAAGUGAGGACUGUCCGCCGGUGGCCAUGGACGGAGCCCGGGGGGAGGUCGACCGUGCGGCCGCUCCCGGGGGCUCCUAUCCGCUGGAGCGACGGACGGACAGACCGAAGUCGAACCGCUUGAGCCGAAGCUUCAGGCAGAAACAGGCGGUGGAGUGCGAGUCACCGAAGAGCCAGCAAUCCGAUUUUAAGACUCCGACCAGAAUCCUCAGGUCCAGACCUGUGAGGAGCAGCUUCACCGAAGAGUCUCCACACAACGACUCGGACAUCCAGCUGGACAUCGUCUGGGACGCCACGUCCCCGUCUCCCCACAGACUAGGUAAACGAGGUAAAAAACACAACGCUGGAGCCAUGAACAUCUCGGAGAUCGUCCGUCGAAUCGCUCCCAAGCACGGCAGGACGGAGGUUUCGGAGCCGACCUUGCAGCAGUGGAUCCGGGACAUCGCCACCAUCCCCUGCACGCCGGACGUCCAGGUCCCCAGGCCCAAGAAGAAACCCCAGAGACCGAGUGGAUUGGACGACCUCCUCAAACUGGCCCAACGCUUUGACCUCAACAUGUUUCAUCAGGAUGAAGAAGAAGAAGAAGAAGAAGAAGAGGAAGUGGAGGAGGAAGUGGAGGAGGAAGUGGAGGAGGAGCACCAGCUGAGCCUGGAGCUCCUAACAGAGGAUGUCCUUGAGGCCGAAGUCCAGGAUGAAUCCGCAGGAACGUGUCCUCCAGCCGCGCAGCUCGACCCGGAUCAACACAUGGACGAUGAUCUGGACUUCCUGUUCGACGGGCCGACCCAGCGCCUGAGCGGGAACAUCAGGAACAUCAGCCAGGCGCCGCCACAAGUCGAACCUUCAACCACCGCGGACGCUCCGGUCAAACCUCCCGCUUCAGGCGCGUCCAACGUCCAGCGCCCGCCGGCCGCCGCCGCCUCCUCCGCCGACUUUGAGGACGACUGGGAGAACGACGACCUGUUGAACGACUCCCUGUUGCUGGAGAUGACCCAGAAUCCUCUGGGCUUCGCGGCUCCGAAGCACUGCUCCACCCAGAAACCAGCGGGCGCUUUGAAACGGGAGCACGAACCAGAUCCUCGCGCGAACGGACGAACCGGGACUAACUGGGAGUUCAACUGCAGCCCGACCGCCGUGAAACCAGAACCACGGACGUUUCUCAGACGCUCGCCGCCUGCUUCAAAUACGGCCCAGAGCUCCCAGAAGCAGCAGCCUGACGUCCUGGUGUCCCGCCACCAGGCGGCGCCGGACUUCACGGACGAGGACCUGGACUCUCUGUUCUCGUCCGAGCCGGUUUGGGACGACCCGGCCGACGACUUCCUGCUCUGUGAGAUGUGUGAGGACCUGGAGAACCAGAUCCGGGAGGCGACGGGGCCGAGCGCCGCCACGACCCGCCCCCCCGGCCCGACGCCGACCCGGAGACCCGCCCUGCAGCCGGUCAACAGGAUCCCAGAACCACGGAAACAAACCCCGGCCUCCUCUGCCCACAUCCAGACCGGUUCGUGGCCCCCGGGGGCGGCGGCGUGCCUGCAGGCGAGCAGCAGGGUCCAGCAACACACCAACAAGAACCAGUUCAGGUUCAAGAAGCCCAACAAGCCGCUGGCGUCUUCUGUGACCAGCUCCGCUGUGGCUGUGGCUCAGUGUUCGGCUGCAGAGAUUGAGCUGAAGAAGCAACAGGCCCUGGAGAGGAGACGUCAGCGCCUUCAGGCCCAGAACCUCCAGCCCAGUCGAGUCCACCCGACGUGACCAGGAACCAACAGAACUGGUCCCGACGGUUCCAGGCUGAGACAUUUUUAAACCUCUGAAUGAGGUCGACGUGGAGCCGACUAAUCAACAUUCAGUUAUUGCGCCUUCUUGUAAAAUUAAAUUGUAAUUUGUUGUUUGUGUUUUUUUUUUGUUUUUUUAAAUGGACCCAGGAGUAGCUGAGAGUUUUAUGUCUGAAAUAAGGUACAAGGGUCAGGAUGUCGUUAGCGUAGCUUAGCGUCCACAUUGUUCUUGGAUAAGAUUAAAUACAACAAUUCUGCACUUUAUCAAAAAACUUGAAAACAUUUGAAAAGGACAAAGUAUGAAAUAAAAUACUACGUCUUCAGAGUGAA